GCGGCUCCGGCGCAGUCGGCGGGGCUGAGCGGACCCGCCCGGGCGCUGUCUGCCCCCGCCGCGCGUUGCUUUCAUCAUGAGUUCCGAGUUAAAUGUCCCGGCGGAUCCUGCCACUCCUGCUUGCGGCUCUGAACCUGGCACAAAGGGCAUGGAUUAUCGGGACUGGGUCCGGCGUAGCUAUCUGGAAUUGGUCACUUCAAAUCAUCACUCUGUUCAGGCCCUCGCAUGGAGAAAACUGUACCUGAGCCGAGCCAAGCUCAAAGCUUCCAGCAGAACAUCUGCUUUGCUCUCUGGAUUUGCUAUGGUUGCCAUGGUGGAGGUGCAACUAGAGAUGCAGUAUCAGUACCCCCAAAUGCUGCUGAUUGCGUUCAGUGCCUGCACAACAGUGCUGGUAGCAGUUCAUCUCUUCGCCCUUCUCAUCAGCACCUGUAUACUACCUAACGUGGAAGCGGUGAGUAACAUACACAACCUAAACUCCAUCAGCGAAUCCCCACACGAACGCAUGCAUGUCUACAUAGAGCUGGCCUGGGGUUUCUCCACAGUCUUGGGAAUCCUCCUUUUCCUCGCUGAGGUGGUGCUUCUGUGCUGGAUAAAAUUUCUGCCUGUGGACUCCAUUAUGAAAAACGAGACUUCCAUCGUUCAAAAGCCCAGUGGCCAUGUGGGCUGGCAAGCAGCUCUGGUCUCCACAAUCAUCAUGGUCCCAGUGGGUCUGAUUUUUGUUGUCUUCACCAUUCACUUCUACCGUUCUCUGGUGCGGCACAAAACGGAGCGACAUAACCGGGAGAUUGAAGAGCUUCACAAACUGAAAGUGCAAUUAGAUGGACAUGACAGAGGGUUGCAGGUAGUGUGACAAAGGAACAGGGAUCUAUUUCAAAGCAAACCAUUUUGCUCAGGCUAAGAGCAAAAUAAACAUUUUGCUAAUAGGAGCAACCCAAACCAAUUAUGGAUUAUUUGGGGGUCUAACAAUCUAAAAUGCAAAUUGCCUGAUUUACAGGCCAAUGGGUUCUAGUGCUUUUCCAAACUAAUGGGGUCUCUGGCCUAUUUCUCAUCCUGCACGAUUGUGUACUUAAGUUGAUACUGCCAUACAGUUAAAAACCAAAACUUUACCUACUUUAACAUUAUGUUCUGGAGAGUGGUUUCCAAAUUGUUAUAUUUUAACAAUGCAACUUUCUUUUGCCAAGAGUGAAACUACUUGACACUUCAAAAAAAGCCACUGUUUUUGUAGGACCUGUUUGUUUGGGUUAUUUUUAAGAGUCUGAGCUCCCUUUCUGGCUGUUCAGCAGCAAACUGACAAUGACUGUUUCCAGGGUUGAGGUGAUAAGUAGUGCUAUCUACUACAAAUCUGAGGACAUUCUGAACGCACUGCAGAACAUGGGUGUUUGUUACCUUUAUUAUAAAAUGAGUAUUACAGAAACAGAUCACUAGAAUGAUGCAAGAGAUUAGAAAUCAGCAGUCUUAGUACAUAUGUCCUCCUUUUGCUAUCUCCUAACCCUCCUUUAGAACAGGGAGGAGAGAAUUUCAGACUGGCAGAAGGCUGGGAAGUGUUUUUGCCUGCUUCAGUAGUGUCCAUUCUUUUACAAUGAAUGCAUGCCCAGGUCUUCUAAUGUUACUGAUAAUGAAAGUUUGUGUGUCCAGGGAAGGCUUACAGGUAUUUUUAUUUUAACAACAAAGACAUUGUUAAAACAGGAAACUAACUGGGAAUUUAAAAAGACCUGGCAUAGAAUUUCGAAGAACUAGAAAAGCAGAUUUAAACGUGUGAGGAAAGUUAGCACAUAAGACAGUGACAGAUUUCAGCAGUAUGCUUUUUUCAUUUGCUUUGUAUAUACCAGAAUGAGUCGUGUGUUUUGCUGGCUUGGUUUGUCACACAGGACUCGGAGUCCAGAUCCCAUGCUGCUCCCUUGUUCUUUGUGCUAGUUGUGCCUGAGAGCGUUCAGCAUUCUUACUUCUUAGGGAAGAAAGCAUCGUGCAUUUUCUCAAACACAUACGCCUUAUGGCACAUGAAGCUGUGUUUUUGAGUUUGGGGUGAGCUGCAACCAGCCAUUCCAAAGGGAAAGCUGUGUGCAGUUAAAGUACUAUCACAUUUCACUUGUUGGCUGUAUUUCAGCAGUGGAGGAAGUGAUUUUUGUUUGUGCUUAUAUAGCUUAGUGAGUGAAACUUGUAAAGCGCUGUAGCAUCUUUCUGGUGAAAGUAUUAAUAAAGUCACAACUAAUUACAGCUACUUCACGGGGAGGCAAAAUAUUCUUCUGCAAUAAGUAGAAUGAUUUUAGUUUUUAAAGGAAAAGUAACACGUAUUUCAGCUGCAGAAAUAUGUCAAAAUACUUAAGCAAAAUGGUCCCGUCCUGUCCUGUCUCAUCACGCUCAGUAAUCUGCAGGCUGCUGCCAGUGCUAAUUUCAGGCCCUACUCCCUUGCAUUCUAUAAUAGUUUUACAAUUUCUGCCAGUUCUUGAAUAUUUCUAAAAUAAUUGAAGUUUGUAAUGUUCUAUUUCAGGGGUAGGCAACCUAUGGCACGGGUGCCGAAGGCUGCACACGAGCUGAUUUUCAGUGGCACUC